ACUUCAUCAUCCAAAAUUAAACCCAUUACUUACUUAAGCAAAAGAGAAAGAGAAAAGUUUAAGAUUAUGGAGGGCUUCUUAAAGCUGUCAACAUUGUUGAUUGUGUGCAUGUUAGUGUCUGCUCCAAUGGCAUCAGAGGCAGCAAUCUCGUGUGGCGCCGUCGCCAGCAACUUGGGGCAAUGCAUUAACUACCUGACCAGAGGCGGUUUCGUUCCUCGAGGAUGUUGUUCGGGUGUUCAGAGGCUCCAUAGCAUGGCUCGGACCACACGUGAUCGGCAACAAGCUUGUCGCUGCAUUCAAGGAGCAGCUAGAGCCUUGGGUUCCAGACUUAACCCAGGCCGUGCUGCUCGUCUUCCUGGUGCUUGCCGUGUUAGGAUCUCUUACCCCAUCAGCGCAAGAACCAACUGUAACAACAUCCGGUGAGCAUGAGAGGAUAUAUACGUUGAAGUGUUUUAAUUUCCAUAAAAAAUAAUGUCACUACUAUAAUUCUAUAUCCUUUCAAUGUUAUGUGUUGUUUUCAGAAUUAAUGUGUUGCAUUUCUUUCUUUAUAUACGACGGUCCAUUUACGUGGCCAUCUCAGUUA